GGCCUUCCUCCGUUUCUCCGCGCCGGGGUCAUGGCCGCCUCCGUGGCUCCGCGAAGCAGGGCUCUGCUGGGGGCUGGCGCUGCUUGGCUGCGGCAAGGAGGCGUCGGGGAGCUACUGCGGGCGCGAACUGAAGGGGGGCCCCCGGGGCGCGACUUCAGUCUCUCUCAUUACCGGAGCACGGUCAUCGUGGAACGCUGGUGGAAGGUGCCGCUCGCCGGAGAGGGCCGGAAGCCGCGCCUGCACCGGCGGCACCGCGUGUAUAAGCUGGUGGAGGACACGAAACACCGACCCCAAGACCUCCUGGAGCUCAUCCUCACGCAGUCCGUGGACGAAAUUGGAGUCCGGGGUGAUCUGGUCUCCGUGAAAAAGUCUCUGGGUCGCAAUAAACUCCUUCCUCAGGGGCUGGCUGUGUAUGCAUCUCCUGAAAAUAAGAAGCUGUUUGAAGAGGAGAAAUUGCUGAGACAACAAGGAAAACUAGAGAAGAUCCAGACGAAGGCAGGAGAGGCGACAGUGAAGUUUCUGAGAAGCUGUCGUCUAGAGGUGGGGAUGAAGAACAACGUCAAGUGGGAACUAAACCCUGAAAUUGUUGCCCGCCACUUCUUCAAGAAUCUUGGUGUUGUGGUUGCCCCACAUGCUCUGAAGUUACCUGAGGACCCCAUCACGAGAUGGGGCGAGUACUGGUGUGAUGUGACUGUAAAUGGACUCGACACUGUAAGGGUUCCUAUGUCCGUGGUGCUCUUUCAGAAGCCCAAGACCAAAAGAUACAAGCGCUGGUUAGCCCAGCAAGCUGCCAAGACCACGGCCUCCACCAGCUCCCAGGCAGUCUGAAUGUCCUCUGCUUCCAAGACAAAGCAGUCAGAAGAGCCUUGGGAUAAAGCGGGCCAGCACUCGAAGCAAGUAUGAACCGUAGAGAACAUGUGAGCUCAACAGACUAAAUAGCACAUGUGUGUAAGGCUCACUGUGUUUGUCAAACAGUGUCCUCACAACCAGCUGUAUUAGAGCGUUCUGCGGCGGUAGAUUUUAUAAGCGGAUUAUCAGUGAACUGGAACAGUCUUCUUAGACUUUCCAUUGGAGAGUGCAUGGGAACAAGUGAAGGGCCAAGCCGUUGUUCUGACAAUCGCUGUAUUCUCAUCCAGACUGUGUCUCGUGCAGAAAUAAAGAGCUAUUUAACUGGA